CUUUGAUCUGUAGAGGGGAAAAAAAAAAACAAGCUUUGAUUUGUUCAUCAUUACAGUAACCAAAAAGAUGGCUUCAUCUAUAUUGCUAACACUCAUCACCUUCAUCUUUCUCUCCUCACUUUCUCUCUCUUCGCCGACGACAAACACAAUCCCAUCUUCCCCAACAAUCUCUCCCUUCGAAGAACAGAUCUCGCCGGAGAUCGCUCCUCUCCUCCCUUCGCCCGCCGUUUCCUCCAGUACGCAAACCAUCCCUUCUUCUUCAACACUUCCCGAACCAGAAAACGACGACGUUUUUGCAGAUCCUGAUCCCGCCUUCGCUCCCUCCGCUUCUCCUCCGGCUUCAUCUCUUGCCACUCUGUCUUCUCAAGCUCCCGGAGUUUUCAUCUACUUUGUCUUCGCCGCCCUCUCUUGUUUCUCGCUCCGGCUUCUUGCCGGUUCAGCUAUAUAGGUCCAUUCAUAUUUUAGACCACGUACGUCAUUAUUUUCAUGAGUUUAUUUGUCCCCAAAAAAUAAUUUCGUAUCUCGAAUAAACCUUUACUAUAUUU